UUCACUCAUCACUCUCAAAUGUGAACGCGUUUGGUGAAACAUGUCCGCCUUUUGUGUUUUUUGACGUAAAUAUUAGCAAAAUUCAUAUUGUUUUCAACUGCGUGGUGAAUUUUGGUGCUGUACAAAUUUAUAAUGUGUGUGUGAUCGUUUUGUGAUCUGUUCUUAUGAGGCUGCUAUAUAAAACUGGUCCGAUGGAGUCUCUCAGAAAAUGGUUCUACAAACCAAAGAGGGACGACCGUUCACUGCUGGCUCAGUUCUUCUUUGCGGACGAUGCCUUGAAUAUGAUAGCAGCGGAGUUGGACUCAUUCGAUGGACGCAAAGACCCUGAUAGGUGUUCCACGCUCGUCAAUCAGUUGCGACACGCACAGGAUCGUGUAUUGAACAUCACAAGCCAGAUUAUGGACCAAGUGCUGGGAGACGAGCGCGUGGCGCGCGGCUUCCGUGUCAAAUUCCCAGAGGACGUCCUGCAGGAUAAUCUUGCGGGGCAACUCUGGUUUGGCGCAGAGUGCCUAGCCGCCGGAUCAUCAAUACUGAACCGCGAAGAGGAGUCGGCCGCGAUGCGCCCUCUCGCCAAGGCGCUCACGCGCAGCCUCGAGACGGUGCGCUCGUUGCUACGCGAACAGUGCCUCAGGCCGCGAGGGCUCGCCCUGCAGGACCAUGACGAUAUGCUGCACGAGAGCUUGCGGAUAUUCGAUAGACUGUUCGCCGAGUUCGAGCUGUGCUACGUGAGCGCGAUGGUGAACGUGAAGACGCCGCACGAGUUCGAAGCGCAGCAGCUGAUAUGCGUGCUGUUCUCCGAGAGCUUGAGGCGGGCGCUCAAGCACAAUCUGCUGACGCAGGAGCAGGUGGACUCAUACGAUCCCGCGUUGAUGUUCGCAGUGCCCCGCCUAGCCAUAGUUAGCGGUUUGCUGAUAUAUUCCAGUGGACCGCUGUCUAUCGAUAAACCGCCUGAGGAAAUGUCGGACAUGUUCCGGCCGUUCCGCACGCUGCUGCACAAGAUCCGCUCGCUGCUGUGGACGCUGGAGCGGCGCGAGCUGGCCGCGCUCGAGCGGCUGCUCUGCACCAGCGGGGACCUCGCCGCGCUCGCCGCGCUCGACCUGCCGCCCGUGGAAGACUCAUCAGCCGAUUCGUGUUAUCCGGAUAUUGGUGAAUUUGUAUCGAAAUUCUACGCGGAUCACGCUCAUUGUAAAGAAUUAUACACACAGAAUUCCAGCGAACCGACAAUAACAGACGCUGACUACUUGCCAGACAAUAUAGAAGUAAUGACACCGAUCAUAGAUGGACUCAGGCGUCUCAACGAGGACAUAGACGACGCCUCCGAGCACGACGACAGAGACAAACACACAGACACAGCAAGCACAGACACGUUCCAAACGAACGAGAGCAUAGACAGAAGUAGGAAAAUCAGCAGAGCCGAAACUGACCUGUCCUCACUGAGGAAUCUCUCAACCAACGGCCUCAUGAUGUUCGAUCCGCUCGUCAUCAACGCCGUCGCAGCGUCCACGUCGAACGAGACGCCCAGACAGAUACCGGACCAGGAACUAGUCACGUCGCUAAACGAACAAGUCACAGAAAUAGCCGAUCGUCUAUCCUCGAUAGUUAGCGAAGUCGACAUUCUGGACCAGAUGCAUUCCUACUCUACCAACGAUGUGCCCACCCUGACCGAAAGUUCCGAGGAUUUCUUCCCGGGGCCCAGGAAUGAGCAAUUGAGCUGCAUGCCCUCCACUAGUCACGGGUAUUUGAUCCCGAACGCGAUCAGCCAAGAGCCGGUAGUACUGGCCUCGCUCUCGCAGAACAACUCCGCUGUCUUCAACCAAGACGACGCAAGCGAAAUAGGAAACAAUGAUCUCCCACUCAUAAUACCAGACAAUAUAGACGCUGAAAUUGUAAAUAGUAACAUUUCUCUAGCUAACGUUAAUCUAAGUUCACUAUUGCUCACUAACGAAGAAUUUAGACAGAUAAUAGACAACGACAGUAGAAGCGAGGACAAUACGAGCUUUCAUUCCGCCAAAAUGGACAACGAUGAACGCGUUAAAUUCAUGCUAGGUUAUGACAGCGACCACGAGUCGCCUGCCGAUUCCGGAGUUAGCACGGAAAACACUAGCUUAGAUAGAUCUCCCGAUACCGACCAGAAUAAAAUCAAAGACAAUCAUUUUAUGGAACAAAACAGGGUAUUAAACAGUGAGGUGGAUAAGGACGCGAAAAGUAAUCUAGAAAGUUCUUUCGAUAUAUCCGGAGAGGUGACUGUAAAUAUUAAUUAUAAGGAGCAGGAUAAUCAGAAGAACGAGGCUGGCUCAUCACAAAUAGUUAUAGAUAGGCUUAACGGCGAGAGUUCCAAUGAGAAUAAUACACAGGAAGAAUUUAGGACGAUAGAGGAAGUUAUCACUGAGUUGAGGAGACAAAGACUGUCUGAUAUGAAUAUAACGUCGAUAGAAGAGCGGACAGAGACGCCGAACUCGUCGCAGACUAGUGUCAGAAAGAAAAGGAAGAGUGGGGGGAAGAGUAAGAAGAAAAAAUGGUCGCCCAGUAUGGUGAUACUGGACAAUAGGACAACGCAAGCGCAGAAUAGCCCGCUAAGGUUGAAUUUGGACCAUUUCGUUGACGAGAGCGGUACGUCGUGCGGCACGUCUGAGUGUGCGGACGACGAGCAGAUUGCGUUGGCGCUACAAGCUCAAGAGUUAGCCGCGAGGCAUCAGGCCAGAGCGAAAUUCAAAUCGAGCGAGGACCUCAUCCACCGGCUGUUCGUGUGCAUCGCGGGCGUGGCCGACCAUACAGGCAGUUCGUUCGACAGCGUGUAUUCAGCUGAGGAAGUGUACGCGGACAGCAACUCGGACACGCCGUCGGAAAACAGCCGCACGGCCAGACGCAACACGGUCAACUCGGCGACUAUAGAAGAGACGUCACCCAGCGAGGGUAGACGGAAAUCUGUCGAGAGCAAUGGGAAUCUGCAAGCCUCCGUGUCCACUGGCGAUCUCACUUUGAGCGGGCGUACGCGUCGCGCGGAGGGCGCGGGCGUGGGCGCGGGCGCGGGCGGGGGCGGGGCGGCGGGCGUGGGCGUGGGCGUGGGCGGGGGCGUGGGCGUGGAGCGCGCGCCCGAAUGGGUGCCGGACAUCGCGGCGCCGGCCUGCAUGCGCUGCGCCGCCAGCUUCACCGCCUUCCGCCGCCGCCACCACUGCCGGAACUGCGGCAAAGUGUUCUGCGCGUCGUGCAGCUCGAACUCCAUACCGCUGCCGCGCUACGGCCAGAUGAAGCCGGUGCGCGUGUGCGAGGAGUGCUUCCAGUGCUUGGCGCGCGCUUGCAGGCGGCACACGUAUCGGUAACCGGCUAGCUAUUCGUAUGGAAAUACAUCUAAAUUAAUGAGAAAAAUUGAAAAAAAAAAAACAUCUAAUGAUGUGGGUAAAGUGAUUUUUUUUUUUGUAAACGUGGGUUUGACUUUGUGAAUUAAAUGUAAAAGACACGAUUUGAGCUAUUUUUGCCCCUUUCAUACGCAAGUGAUGAAAUGAGAUGCGCGAUGAUAUCGUUUAGUUUAAAUUUUAAAUAGAGAUGUUAAGGAGGUAGGUUUUCACAUUGUAAAUUAAAUGUUUAACGGACGUGAGCUAAGUAUAGUUUCGUUUCUUUCACUCUCAAAUUAUGACAUGAGAUGGGUGAUAAUAUUGUAUAUAGUUUCAACGUUGUUUAGUAAAUUUACGAGAUUGUCAAUGAAAAAAUAAUACUAAAAUCGUGAACUACGUAAAAUAUCAAUAUUUUUCCCUUUUACUCUCUAAUGAUAGAAAGAGAUGGGUGAUGAAACUAUGCUUAAUUUGAACGGAAAUAGCUAAAGUUAACUUGUUAUGACGCUAUAACACACAAACAAUUCCCAAAAAAAGUAUAACCGACUGAUAAAAUAAUUCUCAGAGACAAAAAUUUGUAUUGAAAAGGUAUUGAUUUCAUCAACAUGUUGUAUCUCACUCUGACAUUAAAAGAUGAAAUAUGAUAAAAUGUUAAUCGGUUCCCCAAUUAAUAAUAAUAUUAAUUUGACCUCUGAAAGUUUGAUAUGUCAUGAUGAUUCGGAUAUCUUAUUCGUUAUUUCUUUGUAUAACCAAGUGAGACGUUUCAAAUUUGAAAUGUGAAGGAAUUUCAGUGCAAUCUACUUUUAUUUGAACAUUAAUUCACUUAACAUUUUCAUAAUUCAUAUUGCUAUCACUGUUUCUGUACUGAUGUCUUAUUAAAAACACUUUUUUCAUACUAAGAUUGAUAUUGCACUGCAAUAAAAAUGUUUUAUAUUCUGUAAAUUUAACUUGCGGAAUAAAAAAAAUGUUAGGUAUCGAUAAAUAUUGACUCAAUGUUAUCGAUACUAAAACUAUGGAAUUUUACUCAGUCGUAAAGUUUACAAAAUAUAAUAUUAUUGUAAUGUCAACAACCCACAUUUACAUUGAAUAAAGUUCAUUAUUCCGCACAUUGGUUUAAGAGGUUUUGAAAAAUUAAUAUUGAAAAGUUACUUAUUAGAAUUUUGAAUCUUAUGAUACAUAUUUUUAAGGUGAUAAAUUGAUAGAUUUUUUACGCAAUUAAAUGUUUGGCAUAGAUUAAAAUGGAAAAAUUGUUAUAACGUCUUUAAUUGACCUUCUUAAUAUUAAGCAUUCAAAACCAUUUAUUAUUGAUAUUCAAAUAAAGAUUUCCAAAUAUUUUUCGUGAUAUUUUUAAUUUGUAUUCCAACAUCUAUAAUUUUACCUACGCCUAUAUCAAAGAGACUUCGUUCAGUGUUCAACACACAAUAAUAAUAUAUUAUAUAUAGUUUGUUUGUAUCAAUAAGGUUUAUUUUUGCUUAACGUAGUUUGUUUGAUAUGGGCCAUAAAGUGUUUGUUUAAAAUGUAUUUUUUUCCAUAAUUAUCGACUGAUGAAACAUUAUGUAUUAAGUUGUGUUUUUAUAGGUAGCUCUCUAAAGUAAAUACGCAUUGUUGCUGUGCUGUUUUAAUGUUAAAGGUAGCUGUAUGUUAUUUUUGGCCAAUGAACUCGACCAUUCAAUUGAAAAAAGGGGGAAAACAAAAAGGGGGAAACUACGGUUUUGUUUGAGCAAACUAACAUUCCCCUUUACCCCUAAUUCGAAUAAUUAUUACGUCCAAUUCCAUGAUACUGGUUGGUGAUGUGUAAUUAACAAAAAAAAAAAACUAUUAUUAUUGUUGACUUAACUGACUUGUAUAUUUUGAUUUCACAUAUUUAUAUGGUAAUUAAAGUCAUAAAUUAUGACCCAUAAAAGAUUUUUAACUCUAUUGGUUUUUUUUAAACCAUUGGCCAUAAAUAACAGAGCUACCGUAAAACUAAAACCCUUAUUACGGUAUAAAUAGAAAUAUAUUUUAAGAUCGAACGAUGUUUAUAUUUUUAAAGUGAACGUGUUGAAAAAAAAAUUAUAUUCCAUACAUUUUUAUAAUCGGAGGUGUUAGAUUAGGUAAUAUAUAGGUUAAUAUUGUAAAUUUUGUAAAGGUAACAUUGUACCCAUACAUUAGAAUGCUUUCUGUAUAUUUAAUGAAAAGAUCCGGUACGAAUGAACCAAUAAGUGAUAUGUUGAUACUGUUAUGUAAUUUGUGUAAAAUAAAUGGCAUAUAUUAGGAA